AUGGGGACUAACGGACAACGAUAUAGUGGCACUGAAAACACCUUGCAGGGAGGUACAUCAGCAGAGGACUAUGUCCAGGACCAACGAAAUGAGUACUUGACCCGCUACCAGACAGCGUCAAGCGUGGUCAUUCCAAGAGAAGUCUUUGAAUCGAUGUAUCUGAGCCCUUAUACACAGAGGCUUGGACAUCUCCGAAGCACAUUUGCAAACCCUACCCCCAUGCCUUUGAUGGGAUUCUUGAUCGCGUCUAUGCCUCUGGGAUGUAAUCUUAUGGGCUGGCGAGGCUCUGGCGGUGGCGGCGCUGCGAUAAUAGGGCUGUUCUUUUUCUUCGGCGGCAUGCUCCAAGUGCUCGGCUCCGUGCUGGAGUUCAUCAUUGGCAAUACCUUUCCAUUCGUCGUAUUCGCCUGCUACGGCGCCUUCUGGCUGGCAAUGGGGGCCACGUUGCAACCCGACUUCAACGCACAGGCUUAUUACACCACUCACGCUGGUGGGACGGAACAGUUCUACUCCAGCUUCGCGUUCUUCUUCAUGGUCAUGGCUCUCGUGACGUUCUUCUUCCUGGUGGCUUCUCUCCGGACGAACAUCACGUUUGUGUUGGUCUUCGUCUUCAUCGACCUCGCCUUCAUCAUGUUGAUGGCCACCUAUUGGACGCUGGCUGAAGGCAAGACGGCCAUUGCCGGAAAAUGUCAGAAGGCGGCGGGAGCAUUCGUCUUCGUCUUCUGCGUCUUCGGCUGGUACCUCUUCUUCACCAUGAUCCUGAACGCCGUCGACUUCCCGUUCAACCUCCCCACGGGGGACCUGAGCACCAAGAUCAAAGGCGCCUCGGAGAAGAAGGAGAAGACGGCGGAGACGAAAGAGCAGGCCUAG